UUAAUUUUAAAAUCUUUUAAACAAUUUGUAAUUUGAAUAUUUUUGCGCGUUGCGCCAAUUCCGAUCUGUCAAAAAUCAAAAGUAUCAAAAAGAAAAUGGCGUCGCCUCGACGACAUCCCCGAAAACGAAAAACAAGAGGUUCUGAUAAUAUUUUCGAAGUUUCUGAAAGAGAUUUAUCUCCCGAACCCGAAGAGUCCCUUGAUGAUGAACCCGAAAGUAAAGUCCUGAAGUCUCGAGACUCCGACGUGGCAGAUUCCCGUCAAAACAAUGACGAAUCUAACCUCAAAACCCUGUGUUUAUCUCCUAAGGAACAAAAUAUUUCUAAUGAAAUUAUAAUUUUGGACGAUUCUUUAGAUGUAGGAAAGAAUUGUGAUGAUGUUAUUGUACUGAACGACUCUCAAGACGACGAAAAUUUAAACAAAACCAAGUGUAACGAUAGUUUAGAUGGCACCAAAGAAGAACAGAAUUCGAAGCAAAAAGAGGACAUUAUAGUAAAUAGCACUGAAACAAAUUUAAACGAAACCAUUUUAGAGGAGGGUGAAGUAUGUGAAUCGGCAUGUGUACCACUUAUAACAAUUAAAUUUGUUGAUAAGUCAACAGCAGAUAUCUAUAGAGAAAGGUUUUGCAAAUUUAUCGAAUCAUUUAUUGAGCUUGAAAUAACUUCUAAAGACGACUUAACUAUCAAUGUUAAUAAAGAUGUAAGUUUAGAUCCUAAGGAUUGGGUUGUGUUAGAUAAUACAUUGGGUUCAUCAGAUAAAAAGGAAGACCUCCUAGAAUUAUUAAGUGUUCAAAAUCAAGUAAAAUUAAAUGAUCAAAAUGAAACAAAUAAGAAGAGAAAAAAGAAAAAGAAACAAAAAGAUUUGUUUGUUGUCGAUACAACUCCAGAAAUUACACUGCAUAAAGACAGAUUGAAAUAUUCUGCAAAGUUUGUUAUUGAUGAUAAACCAAACGAUGAAGAAAGCAGAGCUAGCCCUAUACCAAAAGCUAACUCAAUGUGUUUUAAUUGCGGACAGCAACAUUCUCUCAUAGAAUGCACAGAACCAAGAAAUCAUCAGAAAAUAGCUGCCAAUCGUCAAAUGUUUCAAAAUAAAAAUAAAUCUGUAAGAUACCAUUUAGGAAGUGAUCAAAGGUAUGGUCAUUUGCAACCAGGACAAAUAUCUGAUGAUUUAAGAAAAGCUCUCGGUCUGAAGAAAAAUCAAAUUCCAAGUUACGUGUAUCAAAUGAGAAUUUUAGGAUAUCCCCCCGGUUGGUUAGAGGAUGCCAAAACGUCGCAUUCUGAUUUGAGUAUGUUUGAUCUCGAUGGUAAAAAUGUAAAAAACAUGAACCUACCGAGGACAAAAGCAACUGAAGUGCAAGCGACAUCUGUGCAAGAGAAGCAAAACCUCCCAAAAAAGUUAGAAAAGGAAUCUAAAAAUUUCAGAUUAUUCAAAUGUCACUCCAAUAUUUUCCCAAAUUGGAGUGAAAUUGGGGAAUGUGAAUAUUAUCGUGUCCCGCCCUUUUCUAAUAACCACAGCAAAGACAAAAUGUUAGAAUUUUUCGAGAAACAAUGCAUGAAAGAAGAAGAUGAUUGCCUGGCUCAAGACAUGGAGAUAGAUAUAGAUAAUACAAACGAAUUAGAUGAUACCGAAAUCAGACAAGAAAGUAUAGAUAAUAUGAUUUUGCAGGGAGAUUCUGAUUCGGGUAAUGUUCCUUCGCCAUCUCUUAGAGAUUUGGAGAAAGAAAAAAAUAGGGUGUUGGAAGAAUUAAAGAAAUCUACAGAAGUGGCUUCUUGGGAUUUACCAUCAGAGGAAAAUACUGUUUCUAGUAUGCCUGAAAAAGAACUGAUUAAAACUGAAGAUGAAGUCAGUCAAAAUGAAGAAAUAAAUAAAGAAAUUGAAGAAGAAUCAAACUCAAAAACGGAAGAAGACGACUCUAAAGUUAAUUGCAUAUCGCCUGUAAAUUUUGAAAUAGCAACAAAGUCUGUGACCAGCAAAAUAUACGGGACGCCAAUUUUAAAAUCGACCACGCCGUAUAACCGGUUGCCUAACCCUGACAAUUUUGCGAAAGGUGUCAGUCAAGUAAUCGAUUUUGAAAACCUGCCAAAUUCGACGGGCAAAUACGAACAAAUGUCUGGAUUAAUUCAGAAAGUACGAAAUACAUUGAAAAAAAUAAAUAAGAGUUAAUUUUGUCUGAAAUUACAUAGUUUUUUAUUUAUCAUAUACAUUCUGUACAAUUUUUUUAAAUAAAAGAUAUUUCCCUUUUUAUAAGUAUAGUUUUGAAAAUAUUGUAAAUAUUUGUAUACUGAAAAUAUAAAUCAAUUGAGCAAUACUGUACAAUAAAAUGCCUUAAAAUUACUUUUUAUGUGAAAAAUUUAAAAUAUACCUCAUAAAAAAAUGGGUUUUAUUUUUCAACAUUCCCAUCAGUUAAAAAUCCAUUUUUUUAAAUUUUAGUUUGGUAAAUUAGGAAAAAUGCACAGUUUGCAUAGAAUUUUCAUUAACAAGUACAUGAGAAAAGUCGUCACAGUAGCCUUAGAAUUUGAAAUUACAAUCAAUAAUGUUAGAAAUCUGGUCAAAACCGAUACCGAUACAUAUGUCAUUUUUUCUAUAUCAAAUAUUAGGCCUUAUCAAACUUUUACGUAACCCAUCAAUAGAGGCUAUAUUCAGGUGAACCCUGCAGAAAUUAUUAUUCCAAAGGUCACUAUGACAUCUUUUUUCGAUCAUAAUCAUUGCCUUUCUUUCCUUGUGCAAGUAGGAAUUUUCUUUAUGCAAAGUAGGAAUACUAGUAUAUUUGGUUGCCUAACAAUAGGUUAUACGCAGAGAUAUAGAGGUAAAAUUAUCUCUAUAUAUCUGGUUAUACCGCAUGAUCGAAAAAAAAACGGCGUCAGCGAUGGCUAUGAAAUGAAGAUAGCUAACAUUUUAUAUGUAAAUUUAAAUGGAAAAUAUGAUCGAUCGUCAUUUCCCAGCCAACUGAACGCCGUUUUUUUUAUCAUACGGUAGAAGAUGUAAAAACUUGUAUAGAUUUUUUUUAAAUGAAUUAAAUGAUAAAAAGAGGCGUUACAGUGGCCUUUAAAUUUUAAAUUAUAAUCGAUAAUAAAUUUUAACCGGUUAAACCGUCGUUGGUCGUCUAUACAUAUGCUAUGUCUAUAUAAAGUAUCAGUUCUUAUCAAACUUUAAUAGAGGACAUCAAGGGGUGGAUACGAGAGAGAAAUUUUAUUAUAUCUGAUUAUAUAUCUCAAAGGCCAUUGUGAUAUAUUUUUUUCAUAAUUAAAAAGUAGGAAUACUAUUUUGUUACCUACCUACCUCCCUAUAUUUAACUAUAGAACUGCAACUUGCUGGAGAUCAUAGAGAAAUAUUUAGUUUCUCUAAUGCUGGAGAUAUAAAAUAAAAAUCAAAUAGUUAAUUUACAGCACCUAUUUGAUAGCAGUAAUAUUUAGUAUAGCAGAGAUAUAGUAGAAUAUGCAUACCACCUCUUUACAAAUAUAUGGCUUAUCUUCUUAAAGCGUGUAUGUCUUGAAAUGAAACAACUCGUAGAUUGGUUUAAAUAUAAUUAAUCUCUUUUGUGCAUAUAUAUUAAUUCUUGUGCAGAAAGGAAUGUUAAUACAUAAUAGCACAGACUAAAGUUGCCUGUG